GCUGGCGGCCAUUUUGUCAUAUAAGACCGUCCUGUGUACCUUCAGCGAUUCGUAUUUCGAAUUUAUACGUCUGACUUGAGAUUGAUAGUGCUGUUCGGUGUAGUAAGAAAAUACUACCGUUUGCUUAUAUGCAGGCUUACCGCUUCGUAUAUUUUGCUUCAGGCUUUUAUACAACACAGUGUCUUGUCUGGAUCACAGAAAAAAUGAGUGGUAGUACACUGUCACCAUGGGAUUUCAGUGGUCUGGGAAUGGGUUUUGGACUAUAUCGACCUCGACGGCCAAGUUACACAUACGCCACUCAGCAACGACGGCAAAGAAGCGAAAGUUACCGCUAUGCUACACAUCGAGAAGCAGAGAGUGUGGAUGCGGCACCACAGGAAGACUACAUUGACAAUGUGUUGAGCAAGAUGCACUCAGAUGGCCAUGGUAAGGCAGCAGCUAGGGAACCGCAUCAUGAAAACUGCCUUGAAAUGAACCACUUGUCAGAUAAGCAUUUACCAAGGGGAGGAGAAAGUAGCGGACAUGAUGCACUAUGUGAAAGUCAGAACCAUAUUAAUCAAAAAUUUGCUGCACAACAAGGUCAGAGGUCAUCAGUAGGGCAUCCAGAUUCUCUGGAAACAAAUGAAAUGGCAGUUACAGAGUUCAGAGUAGCCGUCCCAGGCAGUGAGCAGGGUAGCAGUGUGCCCUCAGUAGCAGUAUGUGGUUUCAAGAAAAAUUUGAUUGUUCUGUGCAUCAGUUUCAUUCUUAUCUUUUCAUCUUUCCGAGGAGUUCAGAAUCUCCAGUCCUCGCUCAAUGCACAAGAUCAGCUGGGUAUUAUCUCAAUGAGCUGUUUACAUGGGACGAUGGUACUUACUUGCCUCCUUGCUCCAUUCUGGACUAACAUCUUCACAGCUAAAUGGACGCUUGUGCUUGGCUCUCUCUGCUUUUUAUUGUGGUUUGGUGCCAACUUUUACCCAGCGUUUUAUACCUUGCUGCCAGCCUCCAUGGUGGCAGGCUUUGGCCAUGGUUUAUUGUGGACAGCAGAGACUUCAUACCUCAUCAAGUUGGCUUUUGACUCAGCUCGCCUGACUAAGGAUCAUCUAGACCAAGAAAUGUUUCGUUUCCAUGCUGUUUUUCUAGCUUGUUUCCAGACGACUCACAUUUGGGGAAAUCUCAUCUCAUCAUUUUUACUGGGCCAGAGAUCUCAAGCAAUCCAAGAAAAACUGCUUUUGAGCUUUCAGUUGUUGACCCCAACAUCACAGAGGAUACUUUUCCAGCACCAGUAUCACAGUGUGGGGUGCUUUAUCAAUGUCGCUCUCAAUAUAACAUUCCAGUAUUUCCUUGGAAGACAGUAUGAUCGUGCUGACCUGUGGCCAGUUCUGUGGAAGUUGAUGUGUGCAUACCUGUUGCUGGCCUUCCUGGGCUUCUGUCUGGUGCUGCUCCUCCUUGACCAUAUUGGUGCUCGUGCAGAUCCGGAUAGCAGUGGAUUACAGAUGAUGAAGCAGCAUGUGCUACAGCUGGUCCAGCACAGGACUUACCGUCUCCUAAUCCCCUUGCUUAUCUUCAGCGGACUACAGCAAGGCUUCAUGUACACAGACUACAAUCUGUACUAUGUGACAUGUAGCCUUGGGGUGGACUACAUUGGGUAUUGCAUGAUCACAUUGGGAGCAUCCAAUGUGGUUGGAGCUAUGGUGGUAGCACUGGUGUCACAUCGACUGCCUCGCGAGGUGGUGCUGGGGUUUGGUGUCAUUAUGCACAUUGCACUCAUGAUAGGCUUUCUCAUCUGGAUCCCUGACAAACGUCCCAUGCUUUUCUUCGUGCUUGCAGCAGCCUGGGGUGUUUGUGAUUCUGUUUGGCAAACACAGUGUAACACUUUGCUUUGCCUGACAUGCACAGAGGCUCCGGAGGUUGCCUUUGCUAAUUCACGGAUGUUGCAGAGUCUGGGCCUUACGCUGGCCUUUAGCAUGGGGACCUAUAUGUGUGUGGCUGGCAAGCUGUACCUACUUAUGACUGUUCUUGUUCUAUCCAUCAUGUUCUAUGUACUGGCUGAGUACCGCCUGCGUCACAACGAUGAUGAUGUUUUUGAAGAUCCUUGAUGGUGCAUUAAGUUUGCAUGAAUCUUUGUGACUUUGAUGGAAGUGCUAGGGGCAAAUAUUGUUUGGUUUUUGAUUGACAGAUAUGAUGGUGAUUUUGACAAGUUUGCAGAUUGGAAGUACUGCUUGUAAUGCAGUUUUAUAUACACCCACAUACACACAUUUAGAUAAUCUUGUUUGAAGUUGGGGAGUGGGGGGAGGGUAUUUUUUUUCUAUUUAAGGGAGCUGAUUUCAUUAGUUCUUGCAAGUAAAGAGAGUUGCUUUGGGAGCAACUGUGGUAAGCCAUUUGUUUUCCAAAUUAUUGUUAAAAAUUAUGACAGUAUGAUCGGAGCUUGAUGUUGUCAGCGAUAAUCAUGAGUGUUGUCUGUGCAUGUCUGCUCACCCUGAACCCAGGAGCAUUGUGAUGAUGUGAGGUACUCGUAUGUUUGGUCAGUUGUUAACACUUUUUACACUGAAUCUUUGCACCUCGAUUAGUAGGUAAUGUUGUUAUGGUAAUGUAGAGAAUUUCAGGUGUCACAUUUUCUGAAGCAGCAUUUAAAACGCCAUGAAGUCAUGGAUUAAAGGUUUUUUAAUUGUUAACACAGAACAUUUUCUGUUUAAUGCCAAGUCAUGGUGCACAGUUUUUGCUUAAUAGAUUAAGUGGAUACCAUGGAAAUGGAAUAGUUGGCAGCGGAUUUUAUUUCUUAUUCUGCUCAUAUCUAUGUACUAGUUGAUUCAUCAUACCAUCGUGUUGAACUAAAGACCACUUUGGAUAUUUAUAUAUACUCUUAACUACUAACAGUUAAUAGUCCUCUCAUUUUUGCUUUGUAUAUAGUUUAUUUUUUAUCUAUUGCUACUAUAGUCUGUUGUAUAGUUCUGACUUCAGCAUUUACUUGGGGAUAUUGAUGUGGUUUUGGUCAAUCUUCAUGUUUAAAAGUUUUUCUAAAAAGUAAAUAAAUUUCCUGCAUGUUUGGAAACCAAUCUUCAAAAUAACUUUUUUCCCCCUUUUAUUUAAGGUUUGGGGGCAGGGGAAGGAAUCGCCUUAAAGGGUGACAACUAUUUCCCAUGGCAUGCUGUCUCAAACAUAUGCAUGUGUACACACGCACACACACAUUCUGUUUCCACCUGUCUUUACAGAGGUAUGAUGGGUAUGAAUAAUCUAAGAUCAUAACAGGUGUGUUUUGUAAGUUUCAGAGUGGUUUGUGCCUUUCUUCAUCAGGUGAACACCUCCAUGUUUGCAAAUCUUUGCUUAAUACAUUGUAUUUGAGGAAGUGCAUAUCUUUUGAGGAUGGCAUGAAAGCCGCCUCAAUAAUAGUAUUUUCAACUUUAAAGGAAUGUUUCCUUCAGCUUGUGUUUAAGCAAAGAAGUUGGUUUGAUGUACUGGGAACUGUUUCAGUUGCCAGUGCUGAAUGUAUCUCUUGGAUUUGUUAGAAAUGAAAUUUGUCCUUAUUUGGUUGGAUGUGAAUGUUAAAGUCCACAUCACAAUGGUUAGUGUGCAAGCAGUAGGCUGCUGAUUUCUCGUGUUUAAGAUCUUUGGCAUGGGCCAUACUUUUAAAGUCAGCAGGCUUCCAUGGUCAGUGAAUAAACAGCAAAACUAGCUACACAUGCAGCUGGUUCAUGGGCUUCUAGUGAGAAAACUAUUCAUGCUGCAAACAUGAUCACUGGCAUGCUGUUUGCAGUUGCAUUUUGGUCUUCAUAGUUGAUUUUAGAGACUGGCAUGGAGUCAACUUUUUUCUUGUCCCAGCAUGUCUGAUAGCAUCAUUGCUUUGGAUUAUGCAGAGCCAGGCAUGUGCCUAUUUCAGAUGAUGUAGGACUGCAAGAUGUUGCCAGAUUUUCCACCAUGUUUCACCCUCCCUCAUUUUCCACUUUUGUUAUGAGUCCCCUCAUGGUAUCCAUGUAGUAACGACAUAUAGAAUGUCCCUAACAAGCAUCUGCCCAAAUUGGGCUUCAAGUCUGGGCUUAUCUGCAAGGGGUAUAUGGUAUAUAAAAUUUGAAAUUGACAUUUUCAUGUAUAGGACGUUAAAGUAAAUGUCAUGCAGCCCAGCUCUGUAUCCGGAGACAGGAAAACUAUGUACUAUAUAGCCUUCACUUAAUGCUUGAGUAAUUAUCACGUAGAGUCAAGGUUAGAGAUCAAUGGCUUUUUACAUAGCUUUAAGUGGUGUUUGAACUUUGCUGCUGUCUCAUUAUCUCCAGUCACUUAUCUUGCUACAACUGCAAAUUACACAUUUAAUUUUACACUUACUGUCAGUACUUCAUCUACAUAUGGUAAUGUUUGGAAAUGAUAAUGUGCAAUGUGUUGUACAGCAUGGUGGUCUGGCAUACAAGAAAUGGCUUGUGUCUUUGGUGAAAUUUCUUAAUGCAUAUCAUGCAUGUAAUAUGCUGAAACCAACAUGUUGAAUUAAAUAGUUCUGUUUCACCAAA